GCAAUAAUCCUGCUCAGUCCCACUUACAGGAGACCCCAGCACGGUGUGUGUUAAUAGAAAUAAUGGCUUGUACUUGCAGUGCUCAGUGUGAGAUGGUGAAUGUGCGUCAUUCCUCCAUGGGCUGGAACCCAGACAAUCAGCCCAGGCAGACAGAGGAUGAGCUCAGUGCGAGCUGGUCUCAGGGAGCCUCGGGCUGUGAUACACUCCCAGUACUGUAGGGGGCGCUAGACUUUGUAUUCACACCAUACUGAGCGCCAGAAAGGAAGAGGGGCCUAAUUAUUCCCAGGGAAAGCAGCGCUUUCCUCCAGGAUUCUUCCCUGGGAGCCGAGCAUUCCUCCCGCACACAGUGUAGCAGUGAGCCAGUGAUAGAUUGUAUCCUGCGCGUUCCAACGUUCCAUUGAAUCAGCGCAGGUCCUGGCUCACAUUGCUCCAGGGGAUCCCGGGCACAUGGGGCGUUCUACAGCCAGCCAGGUUAUAUAAGAGCUCUCCGGGUCCCAGCUCGGCUCCCACACACACAGCAUGUCUGAAGGCCUGUACGAGAAGUUCCUGGCUCCAGACGAGCCCUUCCCCCUCCUCUCCCAGCGCGGCAGCGUGAGCGAGGAGGGGUGCCUGGAUGUCAGUGAUUUUGGAUGCCAACUCUCAUCAUGCCACCGGACCGACCCCUUGCGACGUUUCCACUCUAACAGGUGAGUAAAUAUUAACCUCAAAACAUUGCAGUCUCUGUUCUGGGGGGCGAUUUAUAAAAUAAUAUUUUGAGGUGGUGAUGGUUAAAAUGACUAAUCUGUGAUAAAUCAAUGACCCUUUUAAAACGUGGCCAAAAGGUACACACCCCAUUAUUAUGGCACUACAACUCUUUGAUGCCCUGCCAGCCUUAAAUAGGGACUGUUGCCAAUGGGGUUUGCACAGCCAAAUGGCUAGUUAUUGGCUCUUCCCCCCCUUUUAGGCACUCUCUUUAAAUUUCUGCCCAAGGCAUCAUAGGUGACAAACUCAACCACAACAUGGAAGUGCAGCAGAGGUUGGUUAGUUAGUUAUUUUUAUGCUACUAUAGUGUUUACUGGGAUGAAGGAAUUAAGAGCUGUUAAAGUUUAUCAUUACGCUUGGAAGAGCAUCUUUGAAGUUGUAUUUUUGCGAUAUCUACAUUUCCUCCAUGCUUUAUUUUAACUUUUAAGUUGGUGUGCAAGCAUUUUCUUAUUUCUUCCCCUGAAAUCCUAAUUCCUAUGCUAAUGUUUUACAUUUGGAAUUGACAUACAUAUUAACAAUUUAAGCAUCAUGGAUGGUUUGGUUUCUACAUGCAAAAUCUGAAUACCCUUCAAAGGACAGGCAAACAAAGCAUUUUAAAGGAAUGCUUCACGUUGAAUGUAGAUAAUGCAUAUAAUAAAAAUAAACACACCCCCUAUGAUGGUCUUAAAGGACCACUAUAGGCACCCAGACCUCUUCAGCUUAAUGAGGUGGUCUGGGUGCCUGGUCCAUCUAGGGUUAACACUUUUUUCUAUAAACAUAGUUUCAGAGAAACUGCUAUGUUUAUGUUAGGGUUAAUCCAGUCUCUAGUGGCUGUCUCAUUGAUAGCCAGGCCAGGACCGGCCAUCGGGCACACUGGGCAAAUGCCCGGUGGGCCGCGGUGGCCACGGGCCGAGGCCGGCAGGGGAGGUCCCAGGAUCUCUCCUGCCGGUCUUUGCAGGGCCGGCAGUAGUCUACAGCGGGCCAGAUGGGAGAUCAGAGAUCUCCCUCACCGGCCCACAUGCAGGAUAUUGUGGCCGCCGGGGGAGAGAGGGAGGGAGCCAGCCUGCCAGCAGAUGAACCCGGCGGAGCUUUAACUGACAGCUCCGCCGGGUUCCUCUCGCGAGAUUCGGAGCGUUGCCAUGGCAACGCUCCGGGUCUCGCGAGAGUGAACUCUAGCCCAACAGGCUAGAGUUCACUCACCACUAGGACCACCAGGGAUGGAUGGCAGCCCCAGCAGCAGGAUCCCCCCUCCCAGGCAUAAGGUAAGCAGGGAGGGGGGGAUAUAAUCACUCAGGGCACAGCAGCCUCACAGACACCCCUAACACUGCACCCCUGACACUCACAGCACCCUCACUCACACACACUGCACCCCUGACACUCACAGCACCAUCACACACACACACUGCACCCCUAACACUUACAGCACCCACCCACACACACACUGCACCCCUAACACUCACAGCACCCACACACACACACACACACACACACACUGCAUCCCUGACACCCCUGACACUCACAGCACCCUCACUCACACACUCACAUAAACUGCACCCCUGACACUCACAGCACCCUCACUCACACACACUGCACCCCUGACACUCACAGCACCCUCACUCACACACUCACACACACUGCACCCCUGACACUCACAGCACACACACACACACACCUGCACACACACACACACUCACAGCACCCCCUACAGCACACACACUACCCCUGACACUCACAGCACCCCUCAGCACCCUGGGCACACACUGCACCCCUAACACUACAGCACACUCACACACACUGCACCCUGACAUCACACCCCACACACACACACACACUGCACCCUGACAUUCACAGCACUCACACACACACUGCACCCCUGACACUCACAGCACCACUCACAGCACACACACACUGCACCCCUGAGCAUCACAGCACCCUCACACACCUGUUCCCCUGCACACAAUCACAGCACCCCUGACACUCACUGCACACUCACUGCACCCUGACACUCACUGCACACUUCACUCACCCUGACACUCACUGCACACACUCACUGCACCCCUGACACACACUGCACACCCUGACACUCACUGCACACACACACUGCACCCCUGACACUCACUGCACACACACACUGCACCCCUGACACUCACUGCACACACACACUGCACCUCUGACACCCACAGCACCCUCACACACAAACUGCACCUCUAACACUUGCAGCACCCUCACACACUCACAUAAACUGCACCCUGAUACUCACAGCACCCUCACCCACACACUAACACACACUGCACCCCUGACACUCACAGCACACACACACACACACACACUGCACACUGACACUCACAGCACACACACACUGCACCCCUAACACUUACAGCACCCUCACACACACACACACACACUGCACCCCUGACAUGCACAGCACACAUUCACUGCACCCCUGACACACACUGCACCCCUAACACUUACAGCACCCACACACACACUGCACCCCUGACACACACAGCUUCCUCACAUGCACAUAGCACCCUCACGCAAACACAGCACCCAAUCACACACAGCACACACACACAGCACCCUUACCCACAUAGCACCCUCAUGCAAACACAGCACCCAUCACUCACACACUACACACCUCACACACACUGCACCCCUCUCGCACACACACACACAGCACCCUCACACAGCACAAUGUCUCCUGGUAUCCCAACUAUGGAGACACCAGAGACAAAUUUCAAGCAAACACAGUGCCAGCAUGUUGUUGGAUUUGCUUGUGCUGUGCAGAACAAAUACAGGGUCUUUUUCUCAUGCCAGAGCUCUUCAGCAGAGCUCUGCGCAUGGUCUACCAUGGAAGAGCAUUGAACCAACAUGCUCACUUUGUGAUGGGGCGUGCUUGUCUGGCCCGCCCCCUUUGUAGUGGGCCGCUGUAAUUAAAAAAUGCCCGGGCCGAAUUUUCUUCCCAGUCGGGCCCUGUUGACAGCCGAUAGAGGGCUUCCGCGUUUCUCACUGUGAAAAUCACAGUGAGAAGACGCCAGCGUCCAUAGGAAAGCAUUGUGAAUGCUUUCCUAUGGACUCGCUGAAUGCGCGUGUGGCACCUGCCGCGCAUGCGCAUUCAGCCGGAGAGGAGGCGGAGAGCUCCCUGCCCGGCGCUGGAGAAAGAGGUAAGUUUAACCCCUUCAUCUCCAUACAGCCUGGCGGGAUAUAGUGCCAGGAAAACGAGUGUUUGUUUUCCUGGCACUAUAGUGGUCCUUUAAACCUACUCCCGAUUCUUGAGAUUUAUAUCUUCUGCAAUGAGCUCUCAACAGAAAGUUGGAUGCUGUCAGCUAAUCCUUGAGUUGUAUAGUUAUAUUAAUUGUGUACUUGUUAUUUAUUAAAAAAAAAAACAUAAAAACACAAAAUUAAGCUAUUUCAUGCAACAGUGCAGCUUUUAUGUUUUUUUGUACACUUUCAUGCUUUUGAAAGUGAUAAUGAAGUCAUCUCAGUCACGCAAGCAGUCAUUCCAGCUCUCUCAUAUGAAGCUGAGAGUCCAUACUACCUUUCAGUAUAUCAUACUUAUGACAUUUUAAAUUGGUACUAUUGCAGCCAAAUUGGAAAAUCCACACAUACAGAGAGGGGUGGAAGGAGGCGGCUAUCCUUUAUAGUUACAUAGAGCUUGCUGAAUUUAGUAUUCAAUGAUAAAAUUAAUUUAUACUGGCAUGGAACUUGCCUAUGACCAAUCAGCAAAUUAAUUAAUCUUCUCUAGCCUCUUAUGUGUUUUAAUGUAAUUGUGUUCACCUCUCUUAAAUUAAACUCAGGAGAGUCCCAUAUAGUGCUGCCGAUCUCUGCUCACUAAUUAACAGCCAAAGAAUACUCUGAGAAUCAUCAACUUCUGCGUGAGAGCAGACCUUUCAAGGGACACUCCAGAGUCAUGUAACUGCGUCAUUUCAAUUAAGUCAUUCUGCUGUCUGGAGUCACCAGGAUAAUCCUUCCAUUCAGAGUUAAAGGGACACCUAUAGGCACCCACACCACUCUAUCUUUUUUUUUGACAAUCUUUGUUUAUUGAGAACAUUUUUUUUUUUUGCAUAUCAACGUACUUUGCGGUACAGACAAGAAAUAAUGGAAGUGGGGUGUACAAGAUUGUAAAAUUGUAAAACAAGCAUUGACAAUUGUCAGAGCGGUGAUAUAUAACUUUCCAGUAAUAUCAUGUACAUUUAAAUUACAUUUUGUUUUGCUUAUUAAAUGUAGCAAAAUUAGAGAUGGAUAGGCUCCUCACUAGUUCAGAGUUUAAAGUGAGCGUGUUAGCUUAAAUAACUUUACAUUAAUCGAUAUAGAGAAUGCCACCACCGCCCGCUGUAUUGUAACAGCUAUGUAUGUUUUGUUUUUCAUCUAUUAGAACUGCACACCACUCUAUCUUAUUAAAGUGGUCUGGGUGCAGUGAUCCUGUCCCCUUAGCCUUGCAAAAUUCAUAGAAACGGCAAUGUUUACAUUGCAGGGUUAAGACUGCAUCUAGUGGUUGUUUUCCAGACCGCUACUAGAGGCAUGCCCUGCUGUUUCACUGAGUUUAACUUAGUGAAAGUGUGAGGACGUCCAGCGUCUUGCAAAUCCCCAUAGGAAAGCAUUGAGUCAGUGCUUUACUUUGGGGAAGGCCUAAUGCGCGCGUGGCACUCACUGCGCAUUAGCUUUCCCCUAUCAAUGGCGUUGGAUGAACCAGAGAAUGAGCCAGUGCCAUGGGAACCUCGGAACUGGAAUUAGAUGUGGGGUUGAACUUGCAUAUGUAAGUUCAACUUCACAUAUGAAAACAAAAUUGCUGCGCCCGUAUUUUAAGAUCCAGCACAAGGAGGAAAAGAUAAUAAAUAUUAAGAUACAGGGGGCACGAGGCUGCAUCAAUCCAUUUCACUGGCUGCUGCUAUACUGUUACUAUUUAAAUAACAUCUGCACUCUGGGAUGUAACAAACUAGCAAAUCUGUCUACUUUGGUGUUAAUUCCCCCUACCAGGAACUGUAAAGUUCUGACCAAGUAUUUUUCAGUUUUGCUAACUUGGCUUAAAUAUCACAAUUUCUUUGCCAAUUCUCCACAAAACCCAGUUGGGUGAAUAGACUUCUUUUGGUACUGUUGUUCUGUUCGUGUUACUUGUAUGUACUCCAUGUUUUGGUGUCUGUUUAUUUUCAGGUGGAAUCUAACUUCUUGUGGAACUAGUGUGGCAAGUUCUGAGUGCAGUGAGGAAUUAUUUUCCUCGGUGUCAGUUGGAGACCAGGAUGACUGCUAUUCCCUACUGGAUGACCAGGAAUUCACGUCUUUUGACCUUUUCCCAGAAGGCAGCGUUUGUAGUGAUGUUUCCUCCUCGAUCAGUACCUACUGGGACUGGUCUGAUAGUGAAUUUGAAUGGCAGGUAAAUUGUAGUAAAUGAAUACACCUAAAAUGAUGUGAACUCUUAAAUAAAUAUAAACCGUUAAUCCAUGUAAGGUCUUGCUUGCAAUGUUGUCUGUAAAUAUCUGCGCUAAGCUGUUAAUUCCUGCAGCUGGUAAAUAUUAGCAGUCACAAUUUACCACAACAUUUCCAAUCUCUUCAUCCUUUUUAUGCCUUCUGCCGUUACAAUCUUCUGUUCCUACAGAUGCCGCUUCCUUCUAGGUGUUUGCAAAGUCAUUGCCAUAGAAAGCACAAACAAGGCAGUAUAAAAUAAAUGCUCACCUUGUACAUGCACUCUUUAGGGAUCAGCCUUGGCUGGACUGAUGCAGGAAAUACUUGCACUGUAUACUGUGCUAUACUAGUGUGUGAUCAUGUGUGCACUAAUUGUUGCCUUAAUUAUUGAGGUUAUUUUAUCUUCUUAGAAUUGUUAACUUGAAUCACACAUGCCCUACUUCUAAAGAAUAGUUUUAUAUAUUUAUUUUCAUGUGGUUUUAGGUUAAUUUAAUGACUUAAUUGUAAUCCCAAAUACCCAAUGUGUAUAUUAUUUUUUCUCUAAAUUGAAUGUUUGAGGAGGAAGCCGUGUUUAAACUUGUUUUUGUCUCUUUCCACUAAGCAGAAGCAGACUUUCAAAAUUUGAGGGAUAGUAUUAGUGACCGCUAGUAAAAUUUAUUGAGAAUUCUGGAAACCAGUUGAUAACUUGCUGUUGAUGUCUCCCAUUAAAGUGGAAACCAUUCCUACAAACAUAUGUUGCUGACAGCCAUGUUAAAGGGACCUUAUAGUCAUUAGAACAACUACAUCUUCAUGUAGUGGUUCUGGUGUCUAUUACCUGUCCCUGCAGUUUUAGCACUGUAAACACUGCCUAUUUUAGAGAAGAGGCAGUGUUUAAAUUGCAGACUAGUAACACCUCUAGUGGCUGUCACUCAUACAGCCACAUAAAGUUCUUCCUAGUCCAGUGCUGCACAGUGUGCAGCUAUCAAUUGCAUUCAGCGUCUCCACAUUCUGCAUGGUGGUUUUGCAUGUUCCCCGUAAAGAUGCAUUGAUUAAAUGAAUCUCUAUGAGGAGAUGCUGAUUGGCGCAACACAAUGUUUUGCCGCACAUGUGCAAUAGCCUCCCAUUUUGAUUGACUGAGAUCAUCAAGAUUGGUGAUCUCUGCCACAGAGGCGGGGCCAGCUGUUGCGAGAUCGGCGCAGCAUGGUUGGAAAGGUGAGUAUAAUACUCUUUACCUGCAAGUAGGGGUGCUGGUCACUUAAAAAUCAACUUCAGGACUAUUGUGUCAGGAAUAUGUUUGUAUUACUGACAUUAUAGUGUUUACUAUACUUACUGACAACAUUGGAAGAGUACCCUGUUUAUUAAAAAAAAAAUAAAAAAAAUUUGGGAUGUAAACCAUUCUCUGAAACUCAGUUUCUUCUUUCUAUUCCUCUCAAGCCCAUUAUAUAUAACGGGUUAUUCUGUAAGGUGUGAAUUUCAAAUAGCCAGACUGAAAACAGCUGAUCUAGAUAGUUAUCGAACCCAGAUAUUUUGGCCUUAAAUUUGAAAUUUUAUUUAAACUCCUGACAAUUCAUACUUUAGUCCAGGCUUCCUCAAACUCUGGCCCUCCAGAUGUUUCUGAACUACAACUCCCUUGAUUCUAUGAAUGAAAUAGGCUGAGAAUCAUGGGAGUUGUAGUUCAGCAACAUCUGGAGUGCCGGAGUUUGGGGAAGCCUGCUUUAGUCCAUGAGCUUGCUUGUGUUUAACCCCUUAAGGACCAAACUUUUGGAAUAAAAGGGAAUCAUGACAUGUCACACGUCAUGUGUCCUUAAGGGGUUAAAUACAGAGCAAGCCUUGUAAAGUUUUGUUAGAUUAUAUUGGGAAGGUGUGUUUCUUGGCUGUAAAAAAUGUCAGUGGAUUGAGUUUGCUUUCGUACUAAGCUGCACUUUACAUUUAUAUCUGUAUCCUUCAGCUGGACCCAGCUGUGUUACUGUAGAAAAAGGUCAAUGUAAAAUCCUUUGUUUAGUGCAUCCAACGCUUGCAUUACAUGUUCAGCUUCACAUAAUUACUCACUGACUACAUAGUACUGUACGUUAAAGUGGACGGAAGAAAAUACAGUUUCUAAUAUAAAUCAGUCUGUUUUAAUAUUACGCUACACGUCUCUAUCUACCUAUCUCAUUUAUUUUUGUCAGUGUUUGUAUAUAACACAUGGAACAGUAUAUGCACACAACCAUCAUGCAAAAUGAGAUCAUGAGAAAAUACAAAAUAGAACAAAAUGUAUCCGUGGGGAAUAUCUUUAAAGUGACAAAUAAUAUCCGGAAACAAAACUAACAAAUAACGAGCGGAAAAACUAUACACCAAAACAUUCUCAGCAUGUAGUCUGACAAAAGCCAUAUCCUGGAUAGCAUAGAUUCCUCUGAUUAGCUGAUUGUUUUUCAUUGUUGAAAAUAUUUUUAGCACUUUUCUAUUUUUUAAAAAAUUUGAAAUCUGACUGUAGUUUAGUUUUUUUAAAUAAUUUGAAAUCACAGAAAUUAACUAACCCCAGACACUAAAAAAACCUUGUAUCGGUCGUAAGCUCUGUAAAUAUUGGCCAGUAAGGAGAAUUACCUAAAUUUUCUAAGGCUGGCCUCCUGUUAGAUUGUAAGCAACACAGAUAAGUUGGUACAGCUGGAGAAUAUGAAUUAUUAUUUUUUUUUUUUAAAUGAACUGUCCAAUUAAUGUGGUUUAAAGGACCCUUUUUCACUUAGAGUAGUUCUAGAGUCUUCAUUUAAUCACUUCCAUCUAAAUGUGCCACAGCAGAAGACAUUUGGGCCUUGCAAAAAAACUGUAGUGGUUAUUGUCCUUACAGUUACCCUUUUUAUAUGAGGGUUGACAUUUUGUAUACCUGUCUAUUUAAUAACCGUAUUGUGUUCUGAUUUGAUUAUUGUUUGUCUUCCAAGUUACCCGGCAGUGACAUUGCAAGUGGAAGCGAUGUUCUGUCAGAUGUCAUUCCCAGUAUACCAAGCUCGCCCUGCCUUCCAUCCAAAAAGAAAAACAAACACAGAAACUUGGAUGAGCUCCCGUGGAGUGCAAUGACGAACGACGAGCAGGUAGAAUUGCACAAUGAAUGCAUGACAUUUUGUAGGGUGGUAAUCUGCACAAGAAUUGCUUAUGGUGCAAUCUAAGCACCCAUGAUGUACAUGGAAUUCUUCUCAGUGUUCAAUCUAAGAUCUUUUGGUGAGCACUUCUGAAAUUAAACUGUCAAGAAAGGAAUUUGUAUUAAAACAUCAACAUGCAAUUUUGCAAAGAGUAUCCAAUAAAUGUAUGCAAACUGUAGAGUUUAGCUUUAACUCUAUGUAUGUAUAAUCCCACAUUUGCACUAAGCUCUGUAGUUUGCAUUAUGUGUGUAUAAUAAAUAUAUUGUUUUAUUCAGGAGUGUAUUUGUCUGGAUUGUUUUUGUGUGUUUAUGCAGGAGCUUAUAUAGGGACGUAUUCAUGUGAAGUAACUGAAUGGGUGUAUUGUUACCAUACUUCGUAACAUUGGGCAGUAUGAAACUGGGCGAGCCAACAGUGGGUGUGCAGGUUACAAUGCUUGGUAAUGCACAAAGAGGCUCAUCUGUCUGAAAAGGGAAAAGGCCUGUCCAAAAAAAGCUAUGUUUGGGGAGCAUGAAAGCAAUCCAGACUGCCUGCCAAUCACACUGGAUGGCCCCAUUCUGGGCUGCACAUGCACGAACCCAUGGGUAAAGAGCUCUGCCCAUGGGAUGAUUGUCUUAAGUGCAGUUUGCACGGCCUGAGUGCCUCACUCUAUUCUUUUAUGGACAAAGCCCUGAAUUUGGGACUGUCCCAUAGAACCUGGGUAUGUUGGAAGGUAUGCAUUACUACAGUUUUCUCUUUAGUGAAUAAUUCUUAUCGUAGUCUAAGCCAGGCAUAGGCAAUCUUCAGCACUCCAGAUGUUUUGGACUACACCUCCCAUGAUGCUUUGCCUGCCUUAUUGAUGUAAGAGCGUAAUGGGGGAUGUAGUGCACAACAUCUGGAGUGCCGAAGGUUGCCUGCCCAUUGUCUAAGCUGAGUGUGAUUUGAUUUACAUCUCCAGUGGCAGAUAAAAUAAAUAUUUUACUCUCCAGGUAAAGCACUUCUUUACACAGGUUUAUUACAGUGUUACCAGUGAUGUUUUACUGAUUAUCCCAGUCUGCUUCUUCCAGGUUGAAUACAUUGAGUAUCUCAGCCGCAAAGUCAGCACUGAAAUGGGACUACGCGAGCAACUUGACAUCAUAAAAAUCAUUGAUCCAACGGCACAGAUCUCCCCCACAGACAGCGAAUUUAUCAUCGAACUGAAUUGUUUGACAGAUGAAAAGUUGAAACAGGUUGGUUAAUACACGAGAGAGGGGGAAAAAGUCCCAUAUUUAGAGAAUAUAUAAUUUUUUGAUUUUGUUAUUUUCAAUGUAAAAACUUUAAAGUUAUGGAAAGAACCACACACAAGGUCUAAAAUACUGGUUUGGAAGGAAAAGUGCUGAUCGCUAACCAGCCUCUGGAAGCUAUGGGCUGACCUUUAACCAAGCACUUGAUGAAAAAGCCUGGGGGUUUCUCUCUAUAAAACCCAUGGGGCAAAAAUGAUUACAGGCAAAGAGGCUGCUUAACAUACACAAGACACUUUGUAUCCAGGUUUUAACAUGACGGAAUGCCAUGGCAUGUAGUGCUAUAUAAAUGGUUAUUACUGUGAAACUGAGAUUUCUUAUUGGGUAUCUGGUUUAGCUUUUCAGACAACUCACUUCAUACCAUGAGCGUCUCAUUCACUUGUUCCUUUUUAAAAGUAAAGCACUUUUAUUAUAGUUGAUUGGUAUUUAAAGAAUCACUAUAGUGUCAGGAAAACAAAGCGGUUUUCCUGACACUAUAUAGUGCCCUGAGGGUGACCCCACCCUCAGGGUCCCCCUUCAGUGGCGCUGAAGGGGUUAAAACACCUUCAGCAGCUUACCUUAUUCCAGCGCCGGGCUCCCUCUGUGCUUGUGACCACUCCUCCCCCGCCGACGUCAGCUCCUCCAUCUGAUGUCAGCGGAGCCGAAUGCGCAUGCGUUGAAAGUGCCACGCGCGCAUUCAAAGUGUCCAUAGCAAAGCAUUUCUCAAUGCUUUCCUAUGGACGCUCUGCGCGAUGGAGGCAUAAUAUGCCUUCAGCGUCACAGAUACGCCUCUAGUGGCUGGCCAGAAGACAGCCAUUAGAGGCUGGCUUAAAGGACCACUAUAGUGCCAGGAAAAUAUACUCGUUUUCCUGGCACUAUAGUGCCCUGAGGGUGCCCCCACCCUCAGGGACCCUCUCCCGCCCGGCUCUGGUGGAGAGGAAAGGGGUAAAACUUACCUUUUCUCCAGCGCCGGGCGGGGAGCUCUCCUCCUCCUCCUCUCCGCCUUCUUUCCUCCCCUUCAUCUGAAUGCUUUCCUGUGGACGCUUGCGUGUUCUCUCUGAUUUUCACAGUGAGAAUCACGCAAACGCCUCUAGCGGCUGUCAGAGACAGCCACUAGAGGAAUUGGAGGCUGGAUUAACCCAUUUAUAAACAAAGCAGUUUCUCUGAAACUGCUAUGUUUAUAAAAAAAUGGGUUAAUCCUAGCUGUACCUGGCACCCAGACCACUUCAUUAAGCUCAAGUGGUCUGGGUGCCUAGAGUGGUCGUUUAACCCCAAAUGUAAACAUAGCAGUUUCUCUGAAACUGCUAUGUUUGCAUCUGAAGGGUUAAAACCUGAGGGGCCUAGCACCCAGACCACUUCAUUAAGCUCAAGUGGUCUGGGUGCCUAGAGUGGUCCUUUAACCCCAAAUGUAUACAUAGCAGUUUCUCUGAAACUGCUAUGUUUGCAUCUGAAGGGUUAAAACCUGAGGGGCCUAGCACCCAGACCACUUCAUUGAGUUGAAGUGGUCUGGGUGACUGUAGUGUCCCUUUAAUGAAAAUAUGUACAAUGAGUAACUGCACUUUGGCAUUUGGAUAAUUUAUUAAAUUGUGAGUUAUUUCUUCUUUCUAUAUCUCUCUUGUUCAUUGGGCUAUGUAUGAAAAGCACUUCUAGGACAGAGCUGUAAAAGUGACAUCCGAAGGAACAUUCCUUUGGUUUUCAUGGGGAUUUCUCUUUUUUUUAAAUAUUUGCCCCAGCAUAAUUCUUAAUACCUUUUCUUGGGAUUUGUAUACGUAAUCUCACUAUAAUUUGUAUCCUGUGCCUUUUUAUAAACUCCCUGCUGCUCUGACUUUUCACUUUGUCUAUAAAAAUAAAAUAAAAAAUAAUUUUAAUAAUAAAGUGUUCCUUUAGACACAGUUGGUCAUUCUGUUUGGCUGAAUAAUAUACUGAGCCAAAAAUAGUGGGUUUGCUAAAUUAAUUUCAAUGCUUUUGGGCACCCAUCAGAGGGAGAUCCCAUCACCUUACAUUCAAUCCUUUCACAACUGAUGGACAAAUAUUUGAUUCUAUUAUUUGCCCAAUGUGUAAUUUUCCAAACUUCUGUCCACCCAGGUUCGGAGUUACAUCAAGGAACACAGUCCUCGUCAGCGCAACACACGGGAGAACUGGAAGAGAAGUAGUUAUAGUACAGCUAGCACUAGCGGUGUAAGUGGAGCCAGUGUGAGCAGUAGCAGUGCCAGCAUGGUGAGCACAGCCAGUAGCAGUGGGUCAAGUGUGGGCAACUCUGCAUCAAACUCCAGUGCCAACAUGAGCCGGACACACAGUGAUAGCAAUUUGUCAGCAAGUGCCGCAGAAAGAAUUCGAGAUUCAAAGGUAAAGUGUUCUAUGCAAAUAAUCUAAAAUGCACGCAAUCUUUGUCGACUUAUAAUGUUCAGUGCUGAUAUAUAAUUUUUUUUUAAAAAAUACUUUAUUUUUCCAUCUUGACAGAGUUGGCGUGAGCCAUAUAAACGGUUCGGCUUACGCAGAAGCCUGUUGAUCCACAUUAUAAGUGUACAUAAUUAUGCAUAUACAUACAAUUAAUAUUGCUAAGCAGAACCAACAACCUUCGUGGCAUUAGGUUCGUUUGGCCACUUGUCAAGGGAUUUUGGUUAUAUAAGAAAACUCGUUUUAUAACUGAAGCACUUGACAUGCUCACAAUACCUGGUGCGCAGUACUGCAUGAAAGCCAUACCAGCACCUCGCACCUGGGCUAUUGUUUACCUUACCAGUGUUGUCGUUGGCCAUAAGGUAUCCAUAGUUGUCAAGUUACCAACCUUUGUAUGUUUGUUUAAGAAUAACAAAAACUAAAAAGUCUGUAAAACUUGUGUAACCUUCUACCUUAACUUUGCUUAUGGUGGCUCCUGUAGCAUACUAAAUCUCCGUUAAUGGUAGGGUGGAAGAAUUUGGUGGAGAUAGAAAGAAGAGAGUAUAGAGAGUUUCCCAUCAGGCCAUGGGGGCGGCGGUGACUGAUAUAUUAAUUUAAGCUCCAUUUUUACAAGGCCGGGCAGCUCGAAUUAAAUUAAAAAAAAUAUUCGCGUAGUCCCACUUUCUCCUCCAAUUUGGCUUUAACACUUCAUAAACUCUAUCUCUUCUUGUCCCUCCUGAGGGAUAUUUACUAAGGAGGAUAUUUCAUGAAGAAAACACAGAGAUAUCUGCAAUAUCUAUGCCUAUCCACUGUCUUUAGAAGAACAGUGUGAUUUAGGUCAUUGUCUCCAUCCAAAUAUGUAAGAUGUCCUUCAAACAGGGAGCAUUUUAUGAUUGAUCACUAGAUAACCUAUUAACGCAGAUAGCAAAGGGGAAAAAGUCCUUCAGCAGGACAAGAAGAAAUCCAACCGAGAUAACCCAGAUAUGAUGGUAAGCAAAAGUAUGAAGACCAUACAAAAGAUACAGAGAAAUCCUCUACAGAUACAAGACCAGAUUUGUUCUAAUGUCAGGCACGUUAAGAAGAUUUACUCCAGUUCCUAUCCACAGGAAAAGAAAACAUUUUGGGGCCCUUAGUUGUUAGAAUAAUCAUAAAAGGCUGUUUUAUGGAUUUCAUUCACCCCCCCUCCCCCAUUUUGGUCUAUUUUUUUGAAGUGUCAUUUUAUAAGAGAAACUCUUUUCGGAGCAGUUCAAGAACUCAAGAGAAAAGCUGUUACAGAACAAAUAAACAGAAUCAUGUUUCAGACUUUUCCCUGUGUUGCAACUAGAUAGGAUUCUAUGGACCAAAAUGUUAUCACAAAAAAAGUAAAAUACAAUUUUCAGUAAAUAUUUCAAUCAUCAUAAAAGUAUCUCCUGGUUUCACUGGACUUCACAGUGAAACGAUUGCAAGAAACUGCAGGUGUGUGCUCAGGGUUGCAGUAAGAAACUCAACUUACAUUUUUUAGUGUUUAGGACACUGCAAUUUUUCACUUCAAUAUUAACCCCUUAAGGACACAUGACGGAAAUAUUCCGUCACAAUUCCCUUUUAUUCCAGAAGUUGUGUCCUUAAGAGGUUAAGAAGCUUCACAAAGCGUCUAAGAGGGGGCUCAAACCACAGCCAGCUGGCUUGGCUAGGGCUGCAUAAAUAGAAACAAAAGUGAUUUAACUCCUUAAUUGCAGAGAAAGGAGCAGUGAGACUGCAGGGGCUUGAUCUAUACACCAAAUCUGCUAAGUGAAGCUAACAUUCUUUGGUGUGUAGAAUAUUCCCAUUAAACACAGGUCCUGAAUGUUUAUGAAAGGGUCUGUCUUUCCAAGCAUUUAAUACACAACUCUGGGCGUUCGGCCUAUAGAGCAUUAUAGGUGGCAAAUAAAAAAUAAAUCUUAAAAAUGCAUUUUUUUUACGUUCUUUUAUCCCUUGUUGCAUGUGACUUAAAUACUUUUUUUGUGAAGACUUUACAGUUUUACUCCAUUUUUACCUGUAGUACUUUUUUUUUUUUUUUUGUGUAUUUAGAAAAGAUCGAAGCAACGAAAACUACAGCAGAAAGCUUUGCGCAAGAGACAGCUAAAGGAACAAAGACAAGCCAGAAAGGAAAGACUAAGUGGCUUAUUCCUUAACGAAGAAGUCCUCUCUCUAAAAGUCAACGAAGAAGACCACGAAGGGGAUGUAGACGUACUGAUGUGACGAGGGUGAAACAGUGUUCUUCCUAAGUCUUAACAACUCCAGUCUACUUGAGAAAAACUUUAAAGAAUGUAUAUCAGCUGAUGUAAUUAAUUUCUGAGAGAGCAACCCUUUACAGAGCUGUGUGGGUAAGACAUAAUUGCCACAGGUUUUCAGACCCUUUGGGCUGGCAGUGUUCCCCACAAUUAAAAUACGUCUUGUAACUCAUCAACCUCAUUCUAUUUCGAUUUAAGUACCACUAAAUCGGCUACUGCGUGUGCUUUGUAGGUAAGGUUUAAACUCUGAAACCAGUUAAUUAUUGCAUAUAUUUCCCUAACCAUGUGCAAGUCAUUCGCCUUAACUAAAAAUCCUGUCCCUGUAAUUCAGUUUUCAUAUGGUUAACUUCAGGUCUCCUGCACUCUGUAAAUACAAGAAUCCAUGAAGUGAACUGCAUCAUUAAAAAGAAAAAUACCCAAGAAUGUAAAACUGCUAAAAUUAGUAGUGGUUUUUCUCUCCUUCAUAGUGUUAAUUACUUUUUGAAACUUGCAUAUUACAAGGAACAUGACAUUGUAAUAGUCAUGCUAGAUUGGGUCACUCAGUAUUGGCAUGGGGAAACUUUAGAACUUAAACACACUAUAAACCCCCAUUUUAUGGGGCAAAUCCGUAUUUUCCUGUGAAUUGUAUACUAACUUGUCAACCAGCUGUGUCCUUCAGAAAUGACAGACGACAACGUAUGCUGUUAGCUUGAUUUACUGCAUUAAGACAGAUGAACAUCUUUAACAAUGUUAAGUGACCCAUUACUGACAGACUUAAGAAGAACACUGUAAUGACUACACUGUUUUUUGGGAUUCAAAACUGUCAAUACUACUUGUUUACUUGUAAAUUUGUAUCUAUAUAUAAUGCACUCAUUGUUUGUACAGCUCACUGCUGAUCAGAUGCCUGCGGCAAGUUAUUUGAGUGCUGUACAGUUCUGUCUGCUGUGUAUUCUAAGAACAUAUAUAUAAUAUAUAUAUAUAUAUAUAUUUUGUUGUGGGAAAGCAAAAUUCUAUGAAAUUCAAACACCUUGAAAAAAAAUAUUUAGCACUUUUUUUUUCCGUUUACCACUUGAAAAUCUUUAUUUGUGAACGCUUUUUUUUUUUCAUCCUUUUCAAUUUUUUCAAAGUAUAAAAUUAUGUGGAAUCAUUUGGUUUAUUCAUUAAAUUGUAGUACGUAAUCUGCUGGCUACCGAAGUCUCUGAGCACCAAUGUGUUAUAUAAAAUAAUUUCAGAAAUGCUUUGAGAUUUUCAUUAAACCACUUGAUGUCAGUGAUUGUGUUGGCAUAACAUUACAGAGUUUCAAGAUGAAAAAGAACACAAUAUUUUAUGGUUUUACUUAGAGGAAUGUUAAUAUUUCUAUAACCAUACUGUGGGCAGUAUAGAAGAGGGCUUGAAACCUGAAAUGAAAUAUAACCAUGAAAAUAUUAGACAUACUUACAUUUAAAAUGUGUUCUCUUUUCUGGCACUUUGUGGCCAAGAACUCAGUGGUCUGCCUUUAGAACAUAUUUAAAGAAUUAUUUUAGCACCUGACCAUUUAAGUCCAAAGCUUAUAUGAUGGCUAGUUAAUAUGCCGUUUGUAGAAUUGCUGUGUGCAUGCCUUUGGCCAAUGUAGCCAAGCCGCUGGGAAAAAAAAAAAGUUGAAUCUAGCUUGGUUAAAGGAUUUCGUCUUACAUUUUGCAGAUGUAUUGUCAAUCACCACCUACCAACAAAUGCAAUUAUACAAACAAAACAAAUGUCUCAAUAUAUACCAUGGAUGAACUCAAAAAUCUUAUAAGGCUUGAAAAUCACAGAUCUCUUAAUGGUGUUUGACAAAUGUAACUGUGCAGCAAGGAAGGAGAUGUCACCUGCUUAAUGGAUUUAAGAAUUCUGUAAUUCCACUGGGUUGGAAAGCAUAGACUAUCUUGUGGCCAUUCUGGAGAUCACGGACGUUUAAAACUAUAUCUAAAAAUGUAACAGGCGUUCUUUCUGUUAACUGAUUUGUGGAUUUGGCCCAAGGGGUAGAGAUACAAUUAUUUGAUAAAAUUUAUGGCUGGGAGCGGCAAGGGAAGGAGAGAAAGGUAGAGCAAACAUUCGUCCUACAGUUGAAAUGUUUGCCAGCAAGAUAUCAGCCAAACAAUUUACUAUAUGCAUAUGGAAUAAUGACGGAAACUGCUUGUACACAAUAUUACAAUGUGGCAAACUACAGGUAUAAAUCUAUGAUUCUGAAUUCAUUUCUUAAUGUUGCUGGAGUUUUAUCACAAAAGGGACUCCAGCAUUUUUUUCUCUCCAAAGACUGUAAUCUAUACUCCCUUAUUUUGUUGCUUUCCUUAAUAAUUUCCUUAUCCUCUUAAUUUUUCUUUCAUAUCAUUCUUCCUCUAUGCAAUUCAGUGUAACGCAUGCAGUGUUUUAUGGAGUAUUCUUCAUGCCAUGUCUUUAUCUUGCUCUAAGCUUAAAACAGCACUGUAGUGUUAGGUAAAAACUAGAACAUUGGGAAAAACGGAUUGUAUUCCUAACUGUACGAAUUUCCCUUCCCCUACUGUGUGAAAGAUCAAAGGGUGAGUUUCACUUACCUGGUCUCCGUCCUGCUGGCAUGGGUGCUUGGCUGAGAUUUCAGCCAACACAGUGCCUUCCCGUAGGAAAACCGCAAGAUCCUAGUACUCGUCUACACAAAACGCAGCGCUGUGCCAAUUAGAUGGUUUAUGUGAGUUAUACACUGCUACUCUCUGAAGAAGGGCCUCUGAUGGAUGUUGGAAUGACAGCCACUAGAGGCAUUUAAACCCUGCAAUAUGAACAUUGUUGUUCGUACAGAAUAGAGUCCCUUUUAAGCAGUUAUUUAUCAUAUUUUUGCAUCUAAACAUUUAUUUAAAAAAAAAAAAAAAGGAACUGGGACGACCUGUUGCUAAAUAUGUGUGCUAAAAAACAAACCUAACUGCCCUUUAGUCUCAAAAGACAUCUCACACACAGUAACAGAGGAUAUUCGUUACCUUUCUAACCUACAGAAAACUGCUUUUGUAUGACAGCAUCUAUGUCCCCUCUUAUUCAUGUUCUUACAAAAACUACCCUUCAUGAUUUUCAUUAUUUGUCUGUGCUUGUUCAGCAAAAAUGUUACAAAAAUAGUUUGUUUUUCUCCAUUUCUUUUAUUUAAUUUUAUUUUACAUUUUUGUAUGUAACAAUGAAAUUGCCUUAAAUUGAAGUCUGGCUAAUUGAGGGACAUUUAUGCACAUAGAUUUUUAGUGAAUUAAAAAGUGUUGCAGAAAUUAGGUCUCAGUAGAUUGACUGUUGCUUAAUGAAACAUACGUCUGAGAAUUCUGUUGCUUUUAAUACAUUGGAAUAUUCAGAGUGUCUGCUUGAGAACUAUAGUGGGGAAUAAUGGAUCACGAAUUCUUUUUGUACAUCACAUUAUUUGCUAACAUUUUAUUUUUAAUUAAAACAUAAUACGUUUAUGUCCAUCUAGGGCAGGAGAGAGUGUGAUUAUUUGUGUAGUGUGGUUAAUAGUUUGGCACACUUUAAUUGAUUGGCCAUCUCCUAGGCAACAUUUUAGAUUGUGAUGAAACCUCUAUUUUUAGUAGAAGUCUACAAACAGAAUCAGAUAUUUAGCUAUAACCUCCUGGAUAUAUUUAGUUGAUGACCCCUAAAACCACUACCACCUUAAGGACGGCAGAUGUCUAAUUUUACUCCUCAAUCUGAUGUUUGGCUUCAUAUACAAUGAAAACAGAAGUUUGGGUAAAGUAGUCUUACAAUACCUGUAGGCCCAAAAUUGGCUGGCUGGCGUAGAGGCAUGAAAAAUGUUUGUUCAUGCACGGAGGCCAUGCCGAGGAAGGAAGUAAACACUGCUGGAAGCUUGACUGAUUUCUUUAAUUACUAAUAAUCGGAAGAUUGUUAUCUAAGCUGCUGAAUCCCUCAUUGCCUAAACGAAUACAUGCUGACCAUAUGGUUUUCAUUCAAACUGGGAAUGCUUUGGACAAUGUUUGUAAUAUCUGAUACUUUGUGUCCUUUCAUGGAACCUUUCUGCUUGUGCUUGCUGCUCAAAAACAAACAAACCUUUGACUGCGUGCAGUAGGGUUUCAAUGGGAGAGAUACCUCUGUUUUGUGCAAACUAUAAACCUCUUCUAUGGAUUUCCCUCAUGACAUUUCAUAGCUUGUUGCCUGCCCCACUUGUUUUAUGUUGAGAAUGAUCCUAGACAAGAAUGCACUCUCUCCCCUUCUUUGUGCCAAUUGCAUUGAGCCUACUGUGAACCAAAUCCAGUGGGCCGCUGGGGUGGGGUCAAGAUUAGUAUUUGUUUUAUUUUGUCAAACCAAGAACUCUGUAGGUCAUUGCAUGGCUGUUCAAUCUCAAUUUAAUUCAGAAGCGAUAACAUUGAAUUGUUCUCCUGAAAACAUUAUUCUUUCAUGCAUUUUACAUUAAAAACAUAUUUGCACAUUUAUUAGCAAAGUUUACAAUGCUGUAUGUUCUGAAUUUGCGAUAAUGCUGGUAAAUUAUAAAGAUUGCACAUAAUGUCUCUUAAAUGCUAACAUUUUAAAUCCAACCUCUUAUCUCCUCAACAUUUCUUACUGUGUAUGACACUAUGGUCUCUUUAAAUUACUAGUUGUUAAAAUGUAAAACCUUUUCUCAUGUUACAAAUGAAAUGCAUAUUGUAGCUUUGGACUGCUUGUAAAAUUAUCAACGGGGCAAACAUCAUUGUGAAUAUAAUUAUCAUUAUGUAGUGUCAGCGCAGUAGUCUGGUUGACAGCUUUUAACAGUUUGAUUUAAAAUAAUUGUGGUAUGAAAACACCACUGCAGUUUGACACCAUUCUACAUAACAAUGUUCUCGUUAUAACAAAGUUAUAGUUUGCAAAAAGGCAGUGUAACUCUCAAAAACCAUUUCACAAGCAUAACCGUUUCUGACUUUUUUAGAUCUGCUCUCUGUAUGAGUUUUAUCUAUUAAGAUAUAUUAUUUUUAUUAUGUUUGUUGCAUAAUAUAUUUUUUAAGGGUAAACGUAAGCAUUAUAGGUGCAUCUCCGAACAUUUUGGCACGGGGUCAUGAGAAAUUCUUACAUGCAAUUCAUUAAAUGUAUUUCCAUUAUGUAGUAGUGUACAGUGAAUGGUUGUGUGCUCUGGGCUAUGGUUUCUGUUUUUUUUUUUUUUUUCAUUGAAAACAACAAACAUGAUAUUUAAUAAAGGAGAUUCAUAACUGUUGCUGUGGUUUUUAUUGAGGAGUGAAAUACUUGUUCUGG